AUGGGUCACUCCUACGGAAAGAGAGCGGGCACCCGCUAUGCCUUCAGCAGGAACUUUCGCCAGAAGGGCAUGAUCGCCCUGAACACGUACCUGAAACAGUACCGUGUUGGCGACAUUGUUGACAUCAAGGUCAACGGUGCGGUUCAGAAGGGCAUGCCCUACAAGGUCUACCACGGCAAGACUGGUGUCGUCUACAACGUCACCAAGAGCGCCGUUGGUGUCAUCAUCUACAAGAAGGUGUGGCACCGAUACAUCGAGAAGCGCAUCAACGUCAGGAUCGAGCACAUCCAGCCCUCCCGGUCGCGUGAGGACUUCCUGAAGCGCGUCAAGUCCAACGCCGAGGCCAAGAAGAAGGCCCGCGUCGAGGGCAUCACCGUCCAAGUCAAGCGCCAGCCUCUCCAACCCCGCGAGGCACGAACAGUUUCCCUGACCGACAACCCCCCCGAGACCGUCACCCCUCUGCCUUACGAGACCACGAUUUAA